AUGAUUUCAAAAUUAGAAGAUCCAGAAGAGUUGGAAAGCUCGUAUUUCAAAAUACAAAGCACCCUCGAACCAAAUAAUCUCGUUGAGGCAUCUAAAAUAAUUUUACAGGCAGUGAAUGCCGAACCAAUGUUAACUUAUUCUUAUUGUUUAGAAGUAUUAUUUGAGGACGACAAAGCCUUCUUUACCUUAUGUCUCAAUCCUGUUUUGUGGUUCGAUGUGUACUUGAGAAAAAAAGAUCUAAACAUUUCUGCCAAGAUUGCAAAAUCAUAUAUUACCAAUACUCGGUUAACUGUAUCUUAUGAAAAUUAUUAUAAAACUGCACCUUUUGAAGUAGAAUACAGUGAAACUGUAAACAGUUCGGCAUUUGCAUUAUGUGAAUAUGAAAGGAAAUACUGUGAUAAUUUAGACAGCAUCUGUAAAAGUAACUCAACAACUCGAGAUGUUCUUGACGAUCUUGUGGCAUGGGAACGAGAAAAUUAUUACAUAAUGUACCGACAUGAACCUAUUCGUGGCUUACAAUUUGUUUCAUGCCCUAAUGAUGAUGAGGAAACCAGUUUUAACCACUUUGACAACACGACCAUGUGGGAAACCAAACAAGCAAGAUCAGAUGAUAAAUAUAUGCAAGACCGCCAUGACCAUGUUCAUUUUAACUUUGAUGAUGCAGGUUGGGAGAGUUUUAAAAAUAUGGUUUUUGGGAAACCUAAUUUAAAGUCAUUAACUGUUCGAUGUAUGAGAUCGGCAAAUGAUAUUGUUUACCGAUCCCUUUUGUCAAUGUUAGAUGCUCGAAAUUUUCCAGAGCCUAACAAUCGUCUUAAAAACUGUUUUGAAUUGGAACGUUUUUGGUUACAAAUAGUUGAACCACAGCUGAUGGUAGAAAAUUCAACCAAACUUAUAGAAAAGUUAGAUAAUGUCAUUACAGCUCUUUCUGAAACCAAGGAUAAUGUCAAUACAAAAUUGGAUAAUGUCGUUACAACUCUUUCUGAAACCAUGGAUAAUGUCAAUGCAAAAUUGGAUAUUGUCAAUGCAAAAUUGGAUAAUGUUGUUACAGCUCUUUCUGAAACCAAUUCAAAACUAUCUUAA